AAAGAUCAGGUUAGGGUUAGGUUAGAUCGGUCGCACGUGGUGCGCGUCUACGUGGUGUGUUUUGAUACUUUUAUCGAUUCUGACAGGAAAAAAACCGGAUAGGGAAGAAUAGAAUUUUCAAACCCAGGGUUCUCAGCAUGGCAAUCGAUUUGGGAUUUGUGAGGAAAUGCGAGUCCUGGCGAUUGGAGAGCAGAUUCUUUCCCAGCAAAGUGGGCGGCAAACCGGCCUGGCUCGGUCUGACAAACGUUCCCGGCAAAAACGAUACCAAGUGCGAGCACUGCGGCGAUCCUUGCGUGUUCCUGUGCCAGGUCUACGCGCCGUACCCGGAUCCCGACGCGUUUCACCGAAUUGUGUAUAUAUUCGUGUGCAAGAACGCGGAUUGCUGCAAACCGAAUCAGAAUGGAAAUUUAAAGGUCUUCCGAUCGCAGUUGGCAAGAUGCAAUAGUUUUUACUCAUCAGAACCACCUGUGGAGCAGAAGGACUGGGGCGAUGAUGUUGACGUGUCGAAAUGGACGAAGACCUGUCGAUUGUGCGGAAUUUGGGCAUCUUCUCACUGCAGCAAGUGCAGAGCGAUCAAUUACUGCUGUCGCAUGCAUCAAGUGUACGACUGGAAGAACGGCCACAAGGACACAUGUGGCACGGAAAGGGAUAACAACGGCAACAGUUUUUUAUUUCCCGAAUACGAAAUCGUUAUAGACACCGACGUUUCCACGGACGAUGGUGUGGAAAAUAUCGAUGAGUUUCAAAGCGAGCAGGAGGAACUAGAGAAGUAUAACAAGAUGGUUCAGGACGGCGAAGCUGGAACUCUUCAGCACGAGGAUGUUAACGACGACUUGUCGCAAAUGGCGAAUAGUGACGAAAAAGAUGAGAUAUUUGCGGAAUUUCGCGCGAAGAUAGACGAAUAUCCAGAUCAGAUUUUAAGGUAUGACAGAGGAGGAAAGGUCUUGUAUAUUUCGCCACAUAAUCAAAUAGAAGACGUACCGAAAUGUUCAGAGUGCAAUGGCGACAGGCAGUUUGAGUUUCAGAUAAUGCCGCAGCUGUUGAAUUUUCUCGACUUAAGGGACGUCAAGUGUAUCGAUUGGGGAAUAUUGGCUGUUUUCACAUGCAAACGUUCUUGUCCAACAAAUGGGAAUUACAUAAAAGAAUAUGUAUUCAAGCAGGACAUUGUUCAAGAAACAAACACAGACAAUGAAUCGCAAAUAAAUCAAAGUACCUAAACUAUAUUAUGUACUUGAUUUAAUCAUUUCGGAUUGUUAUGAUGUUUAGAAAUUAGAAAAAAAAAAAGAAAUUGUUUUUAUCAAAAGUUUUUUAAACAAACUGUAUAUAUGUACUGUUACAAGAUUUGUAACAAGUUAAAGGAGAAGAGGGUGUUUGUGAACGGUGAAAAGAGAACGAGAGGAAACAAGACGGAGAUAGACAAGCGGACGCUAUUGGUUUGCACGUCGAGCCUCGCGCAUGUGCGGUUCAUUUGCGGCCACGCUGAAACAUCAAAAGGUGCCGACGACAGAGAGU